AUGGCCACAGAGCGGUCAGAUUUCUCCACUGCGUCGGCUGCCCAGAGCGACGCGGCGUGGUACUUCAUCGACAGCAAUCGGGCGCGCUGCGCCAUCGACCCUACCGGGGAGACCCUCCACUUUCUCUACAGCACGAAUGCCAUCACAAAGCAGACCUACGGUGCGUGCAAACGCCUCCGCCUCCCCUCUCUUCCCCGCCACAGCCGCGCCAGCGGCGUGGGCUGA